CUUAGUGAGUGUGUGUCUGUGUCUGUCUAGGGGUGAGGUGCACGAUUUGGCAGCGCUGGGAUCUAGCCACUGGCCUGGUGCAGGAGCCGACAGCAGUGAGGGAGGAGACGGAGUUUAAAGUGAGCUCAGAGUUAUUACCGACACACCGCAAGCCGUGAUGUCGAUGACCAUCGAUCCUGAUUUAAAAACACGGGAGGAGAAGGAUGCGGAGCUGGACCGGAGAAUUGAAGCUCUGCGAAAGAAGAACCAGGCGCUGAUGAAGAGACAUCAGGAAAUUGAAGAAGAUCGGAAAAAGGCGGAAGAGGACGGCAUCUCUGUGACCAGUCGGAAACAGAAACAUGAGGCAGAACAUGAGCGCAAGUGGGGGGGCAAGGAGAUUGUGAUGGACAUGGCUGACUUGAGUAAAUCACCAGCUGAGAAGUGGUCGGUGAGCAAUAGGAAGACGGCGAGCUCUUCCCGGGGAUCCCUGGAACCUCCCGGGAGACGGUCAUGGACGUCAGGCCCCAGGCAGGAGGCUGAGGACAGGGAUGGUCACCAGCGCUCCCCAGGGAGCAGAACGGACAGGAUGAUGUGGGGGGAUCACCCAAACAGGAGCCCCCGAAACGUCAGUGGACACGUGAGCCCGGCUGCAGAGAGACUGAGCCGGGGAGAUCGGGGUGGCCGUACCAGAAGAGGCCGAGCGGGAGGAGGUGGACCUGACGGAGGAGGCCGGGGUUUGGGUACUGCUUCACAGCAGGAGAGGCGAGUCAAGGAAUGGGAAGAAAAGCGAAGACAGAACAUUGAGAAAAUGAACGAAGAAAUGGAGAAGAUCGCCGAAUACGAAAGGAGCCAGAUGAGGGACCCUGGUUCAUCUUUCAAGGACGGAUCUGGUGAGAAAAACCCGGUGCGGAACUUUCUGGAUGACCCGCGGCGUUUGGGAUCCCUCCCUGACUGUGACCGUAAAGAUGGCAGCCGUCGGCAUGUCCGGAAUUGGGGGGGUCCUGACUUUGACAAGGUGAAGACCGGAUUGGAUCGCGGGGACAAGGAAUGGCAGGGCAGACGGUCAGGCUCCAAGGGUUCUGUCGACAUGACGAUGUCGAUGACUGGUCGUGAGAGAGCGGAGUAUGUGCGCUGGAAGAAGGAGCGGGAGCAGAUUGACCAGGAAAGGCUUGAGCGUCAUCGGAAUGCCAUGGGACAGUGGAGACGCGAGUGGGAUGCAGAGAAGACUGAAUCCAUGUUCAAAGAUAAUCCAGUUCCCACCGGUUGUGCUGAAGGCUACAGUAAGCGAGGACUGAGGAACUUUAAGAGAUUAAAUCUGAGUGCCAAGCAUACAGAUGACCGCCGUCCUCCAAAGCCGCCAACCAUUUCAGACUUCAUCCCUGCAUCCAGAAGUAAGGAUCCGAAGAGGGGGAGAUCGAAGCAGGAAAAUAAAAUUUACAGCAUGCACGACAAUCGAUGGGAAACGUGUGAAGCCAAACAUGAGCAGAAAGAAAUAAGUGAACAGCAAAAGGAAAAGGAGUUGAAAGAGAAACCUGUUCAAGAUCAGAACCAGGGGAAGGCUGAUGUGGGCGAGCCUCCUGCAGAUGAGGCAGAUGAUGAAGAUGAAUGGGAAGACGCUAGUGAUGAUGAGGAGGAAAUAGUGGGAGAGGAUGUAUCGGACAGUGAGGACGAACUGAAGGAAACCAAGGAUCUUGAGGAGGAGGAGGAGAAGAAGAAGAAAGAUGGUGCGGGAGUAAUGGAGGAUGUGGCAAAGGGAGCUGAGGUGGUGCAGUCCCCCUGCAGAAGCCCAGAGACCAGUGUUAAAGAACAACAAGCUAGGAAACCCAGAGAAACACCCAAACUUCACAUCCCUCCACAGGAUAUGACUAUGCAACCGAAGGAGUCAGGAAGCAAGCCACUCAGUCCGUUCUCCCUGGAUGAGUAUCACCCAGUGAAAGACUGGGCAGAGGAGAUGGAAACAACAUCACCAAGAGCCACUCUGCAGCUGAAUCCCUUACAAACAGUUAAUGCAACAAAGGAGGAGCAGAAAGUGGAGGUCAAGUCUGGAGACAGUCCCAAUGUUGGGGAGUCGGAUUUAGAAGCUGGGAAGGAGCAGGAAGCUGUGACUGACCAGACAUCUCCACAAAAUGUCAGCGGAAGCUGUGAUCCUGCUGAUGAAAUCCUGAAAGAGCAGGCAGAACUGGAGAUUGACGAUGCUAACAAGUCCGGUGACACUGCCACCAUAGUGGUUACACAAGCAACAACAGAGAAGCAGCUUAAUCAGCAGGAGGCCAAUAGGAGAACAGGAGAUGUUUCGGAACCCACCACAAGGACAAAACCGAGGACAGAUUGUGUGGAAGGAAAUGAGCCCAGCUCAGGUUGACCAAGACCACUGGAUUGGAGACUGUCCACUCAGCUAGAGAAAAUCGCAUCAAUCCACACGUGGGAAGAUAAAUGGUGUACCAAAAACUGCCAUUAAAUGAGUUCAGAACUAGUCAGAGCAGAAGUUGUGGAAAUCUGAUUGGUGUCGGAAAUUACUGGGCCUGGGGUUGAAGGGUCAGAUUAGAAUUCUUGAAAUGCCAUCGGGAAUGACUAUAAUCUUUACACCAAAAGGUUUUGAGAACUAUAUAUGUAUAUAUUCAAGUAGUUGCAAGUGAACUGGCGGCCUCCCCAACCAUAACAUUGAACAAACUGGGUUGAAAGGGUCCUGCCUUUCAGUGUGGGGAGAGAAACUAUUGGUUGAAUGUUAUUUUUGCAACACUAAAUAAUGCAUUACAUCUCUAUCAUUAUAAUAAACAUGUUCUGGACCAAA